CCGUCAUUAACCCGAUUGAUGUUUCUAUGAUGGACCAAGAAUAUGAUCAUUCUUCUUUCAUAAAGAGACUAUAGAAUUUACAAGGAUAUAAGUGUUACUAUCAGAUUUUAUUGCAGCUCAAUGUAGUUAGGCCAAACCUUAGACCUCAUCCACGCUGUUAAACUGCGCGUGGGAUUUGCAGUUAGGUAAUCGGAAUACAGAACGGUUAAAGGGUACGGUUGUGGGUUACCACAAUCUUGUCCCCGUUUUAACUUUAUCUCUAACCUCUGAAUGAAGAACACCGCAGCAAGCAGGAAACUAACUUUGUCAACAUGGGCAGCUGAAAUUUCUUCAACUGGGUGCUCUUAAUCCAUUUUAGCUAGCUACCCCCUUUGUGAACUUUCAAAACAAAAUGUAUCCCGGCGGAUUCAUUGCUGAAGUUGUAGGCCUGUCUCCUAAAGUAACGGAGAAAGAUGUUGGCGAUUUCUUUUCAUACUGUGGUGCACUUGAGCAUGUUGAAAUCAUCAGAAAUGGCGAAGACACUUGUUCUGCAUAUGUGACAUUUAAAGAUGCUUAUGCUUUGGAAACUGCUGUUUUGCUCAGUGGAGCUACAAUUGCAGAUCAACCCAUAUGCAUAAUACGGUGGGGGACAAAUGAAGAUGAAUCUCACCCUUGGGGCAGUCCAUGGAACUUUGAAGAGAAUUCUGGCUCAACGCAGGUCACUCAUAUGGAUCGAUAUGCUUCUACUCCUGGAGAAGCAAUAACAGUUGCUCAGGAAGUUGUGAAAACAAUGCUGGCUAAGGGAUAUGUUCUGAGCAAAGAUGCACUAGUCAAAGCAAAACACCUGGACGAGACCUAUGGACUCUCUGCUAAGGCUGCAGCCAAGGUUGUUGAGCUUGGCGACAGAAUUGGGCUCAACGAUAAGCUUUCUGCUGGAGUCAAAGUUGCAAAAUCUGUGGAUGAGAAGUAUCAUGUUGUAGAAAUCACCAAAACAGCUGCAACAGUUACUGGAAACGCUGCUGUAACCGCUGCAACUUUUACUGGUAGAACUGCUAAAGCAGCUGGUACUGCAGUAGUCAAUAGCACCUACUUUGCAAAGGGUGCUCUUUGGGUUUCUGGAGUCUUAGAACGCGCAGCUAAAGCUGCAGCGGAUUUAGAGGGAGUGAAAAGUUUGCUCUGGUGAAUUGUCUAGGCUCUCCAUGAUUGGCGGGGACCUCAUCAUAUAUGGUCUGAACUUAAUGUGUUAUAUGAGAUCAUCAAGUAAAACCUUAUCAAUUCAGGUCCAGAGACCCUUGAUGGCUUGAGACAAGUCCUUUUCAGUUCAUUUGGCUCCGUCAGAUGCGCCAUUGCCUGAUAUAAUCACGGAUUUUUAUGGCUUUUUCGAAUCCAUAUAUGCUGGAAUGUAGGUCUUUCUUUUUGUUUCUAUCAUUUCAACUGGAAUGUGAACAUGGACCACAGUCUAAUUCUCCAUGACCCAGAUGGAAAGUGACCAUUCUAACUGGUCCUGCAUGGAGGGCAACUAGGAAACAGUCUGUGAGGUAAUUGGCAGGUCUUACAAGGCGAGCGCACCAAACAAAAGGUGAAGACAAUCGACUCCUGGAAUUUUCUGAAAAGCAAUACUUGGAAUUUAAUUUCAACAUCAGUUUACUUUAUAGUAGUUAUUUGUGACCAUUAUCAUAUAUGUUUACACUAUAAAGCAUCGGCUGCAAGGUUGUUGCUUUCAUAUUUAAUUAGUCAGCUGAUAAAACUUUACUAAAUCAAAGUUACUCUGUCAACCAACCUUUAAUUUUCUUAAUAAAUUACCUCUUCUUGUCUGCCAA